AUGGCGGCGCCGGGAGCGGUGACCCCCGCCGGGCACGGGCGGGCCCGGGGCCGUGCGGGGGGCCCGGCACGGUGCCGCCGCGUGCCGGAGCCCCCCGCUCCCAGCAGGGCCCCACCGGGCAUCUCCUUCCCGCGCAGCCUCCCGGGUGGCAGCCGAGACCAAGCGGCGGUGCAGGCGGCGGCGGAGCGGCCCGGCCCCUGCCCUAGCGGCGGCGGCACCGGCGCUGCGGCGGGGAGGAGCCUGGCAGGAAGACUGGCGGCGGCGGCCGGGCCCAGCGCCGCCCGCAGCGGCUGGCAGAAGGUGGCGAGGCGGCGGCAGUCGGGCAGGACCGCAGGGAGGGUCGAUGUCUACUUUGUGAGCCCUGCAGGACAUAAGCUGAGGUCGAAAAGAGCACUUGUGGAGUAUCUGCAGAAAACUGGGGAGACGAAGCUGAAAGCUGAAGACUUUGUCUUUGCAGCCCCAGCCCAGAGGAGUCCCCGGGCAAGUGUGGAGAGAUGCAGCAGAGAAGCUGCAGGAACUGCCGCGGGGGGUGAGGAUUGUCACAGCCCGGCGCAAGGCCUCAGCGUGCAGAACGGUGCCGAGGAGAGAACUGGAAAGGAGCCCCAGGGAGAGGCUGCUCUCGGGAGCGGAGCUCUGACCACAAAAGGCUUAAACCCAGAGGAGUGCUGGAAAACCACAAGGGAGCAGGCAGGUGGAAGAAGCGACCGGAGCAAGGGAAGUGGCACCAGCUCUGGAGGGAGAAGUCGAGCCGGCAGCCAGGUCAAGAGGCACAGAGCAGCACGGGGCAGGCAGCAGGGCGCUGGGAGCAAGAAGCUCUGCAGGAGCAGAGCCUCACCUGUGGCUGCCAGCCAGGGCACAGCCACUCAGGACACAGACCCCACGGGGGCAGGGGCGGCUCUGCUGACAACCGCCAGGGCGGGCGGGCAGCGGGGCUCUGCCACGGCUCACCCGCGGGGGGCGCUGGGCAGCCCGGCAGAGGAGACUGCCGAGAAGGGUCCUGGUGAAGCAUCCUCUGCAGCACCGGAGGAGAGGGCCUCUGCGCUGGGAGCAUGGAGAGAGAGGGCUCGAGGGAGCCUGGAUGCUGGAGUGAGUCUAAAGCACGCUGAUGUUCUGGGCACCCACAGGAAAUCCUGGCACUUCCUCACAGCACAGUGGGGUCACAGCAGAGCACCUGGGGUUAUCUUUGUCACUGUGCAGAGUCACUUCUUUACAGGAGAGUCCAUGCCACAGACACAAGUGGACAGGAGGAAAACCAGCCCCUAUUUUUCAAGUAAAUGCAGUAAAGAAGCUCCCAGCCCACCCAGAAGGAAGGCCCUCAGGAAGUGGAUUCCUCCACGCUCCCCUUUUAACUUGGUCCAAGAAACACUUUUCCAUGACCCCUGGAAGCUUCUCAUUGCAACCAUAUUUCUCAACAAAACUUCAGGCAAGAUGGCAAUUCCUGUGCUCUGGGAGUUCCUCAAGAAGUAUCCUUCUCCAGAAGUAGCCAGGGCUGCAGACUGGAGGGAGAUGGCAGAGCUGCUCAAACCUCUUGGCCUCUAUGAGCUCAGAGCCAAAACUAUCAUCAGGUUCUCAGGCGAGUACCUGAGCAAGCACUGGCGCUACCCCAUCGAGCUGCACGGCAUCGGCAAGUACGGCAACGACUCCUACCGCAUCUUCUGCGUCAACGAGUGGCAGGAGGUGCAGCCACAGGACCACAAGCUGAACGUGUACCACGCGUGGCUCUGGGAGAACCGGGAGAGGCUGAGCAUCGGCUGAGCGUGGGACAGCAGCGGCUGGGCAGGGGCUGAACGCCAGCAGCACCUCGGGUGCCUGCAGU